UGCCGGAUAUUUUUCGUUUUGUUUUGUUUUCGCUUAUUAUUAUUUUUUCACUGUACUGCAUUAUCCUGAUGCAAUAAAGGCUGGUUUGUAACGUAAUUUAAAAAUAUAUAUGUCCAAACAAAUAGCAGGGCCAGAAUAUGACAAGUGCAUUCAGCAUUAUAAUUCAACUGGGCUCCACCUCCAUACCGCCUCCUAAUUAAUGGGUCUCCGAACUUGCAAAAGCCUGCAUUGGACAGAGAGAGAGAGAGAGAGAGCGCGAGAGAGAGAGAGAGAGAGAGGGCGAAAAGUGUCAUUGAAGAUAAUUGAUUACCUCCCAAUCAACAAUAACUUGUUAGCAAUAGUCAAUUACCCCGUCUCUUCUCGCCUCUUUCCCCCUGGUCCGAGGUCUCGGUGCGAGGGCUGCUCUCCCCCUCUCCGAAGUCGUCUUUUUGUGGUUUUGGUUUUUUAUUUCCUUCUUUUUUUUUUUUUUUUUCUAAUUUAUUUCUGGGGGUAUUCGCUUUUAGGGCGGAGGGCAGGGAAAGUGCUGCGAUUUGGGGUGUUUCUUAAAAUAGCAGCUGGGAAGAGGAAGAGAGAGGAGAGAGCGAGCGAGCGGUGAGUGAGAGGAGAGAGAGAGAGAGAGAGAGAGAGAGAGAAGGGGGGAAAAAACCCAUCCCCGACCCAAAACCCUGGGACAAGAGGUGCAGCAGAGGCACCUCUCGGCGAGGGACCGUCGGCAGCUCCGCUCGCGGCCGCCCUGCCCGCCCUGCCCGCCGCCCGAGGUGGCUCUCCCCGGGAGGACCCGGGGCUCCUCCGCCGGAGUUGGAGGUGGGCUUCAACUUUUGCUCGCUGUCUCCGCCGCCGUCACCCCGCGGUCCCGCCGGGGGCUUCUCCCCGCGGCAGCGCAUCCCCGUCGCGGGUGGGGAAAGCAGCCCGGCGCGGCCCGGCCCCACCAUGACUUCCAAAGAAGAACCCAAGCCUUCCUCGGGGGAAGAACGGCGGCGGAGCCCCUUGGAUCACCUCCCUCCGCCGGCCAACUCCAACAAGCCCCUCACUCCCUUCAGCAUCGAGGACAUCCUGAACAAGCCCUCGGUGCGGAGGAGUUACACCCUCUGCGGGGCGGCCCACCUCCUUUCGGCCGCCGAGAAGCACCCCCCGCCCGGGCUGCCCCUCUCCGGCCGGGCGCUGCUCUCCCAAACCUCGCCGCUCUGCGCCCUGGAAGAGCUGGCCAGCAAGACCUUCAAGGGGCUGGAAGUCAGCGUGCUGCAGGCGGCCGAAGGCAGGGACGGGAUGACGAUCUUCGGGCAGAGGCAAACGCCGAAGAAGCGCCGAAAGUCGCGGACGGCCUUCACCAACCACCAGAUCUACGAGCUGGAGAAGCGGUUUCUCUACCAAAAAUACCUGUCCCCGGCGGAUCGGGACCAGAUCGCCCAGCAGCUGGGGCUCACCAACGCCCAGGUCAUCACCUGGUUCCAGAACCGCCGCGCCAAGCUCAAGCGAGACCUGGAAGAGAUGAAAGCCGACGUGGAAUCGGCCAAAAAGCUGGGCCCCAACCCCGCCGUGGACAUCGUGGCCUUGGCCGAGCUGGAGCCCAGCGGCGAGGGACGGGGCAAGGCGCGCCCCGGCUCCCCGCUGCCCCCCGGCGCCCCGCCGCCGCCCCGCCCCGCCUCGCCCCCCACGGAGCGGCCCCGCAGCCGGCGGGACAGCGAGGAGGAGGACGACGAGGAGGAGGAGGACGUGGAGAUCGACGUGGAUGACUGAGGGGCGGCCGGCGGGCCUCCCACCACCGCUGCCCCGCUGCCCCCCCCCGACACCCGCCCCGACGGCUCCGAAUUGGCACCCCCGGCCCCCAGCGCGGCCCCGGCUCCCCCGGCCGGAGCAAAAAGCAAUAGAACCCCUCCGCAGACACCCAGACACCGGUUAAUUUAGGGUAGAGUCGAUACCCCUCCGCCUGUCACAUCUUCGGAAUGGUGCAAUUACGGACGGCUUCUGUAUAAAUAUUUAAACGUAUAUAUUGGAUUUUUUUCCUUCCCCCUUCUUUUUUGAGGUUUUGAUUAUUAUUUUUUUUAAUAGCUAUCAAUGACGAUUAUUUUGUCUAUAACCUUGGAAUAAACUCGGCUUCCAACAGAUGCUUGGGUAGGCAGUUGCUUUCAAAGACUUCUGAAACGAACCACUUUUAGAGGAGAUUUAAGUUAGACUCAAAACGGCGAAGGCAAAAAUUAGCCACAUUUCUUUCCUUGCAUGUUUCAGAUGUGCACGAAGUAAUUUUUUCCUUUUAAAAAACGUUUUUUUUUUCUUUCGCAAUCUUGGGAACUUGGGGACGGGUUAUAAUGCAAGUUGAAAAAUAUAUACUUCCUUUUUUUCCUAGAGCAUAGAGAUUUGUCUCCAAUGCAAUUUCUGCCUCAUUUUACCAAUUAAAAGCUAUUUUUACCAUUUUCUGCUAUCGUUGUGCUUUUAUUAAAAAGCUGCCUUUCGUAUUUUUGAUAUGAAGGUGGUAACAAAAAAAAAAAAACGAAAAUGAAAAAAAAAUCCUAGAAUUAUUUUUUACUCUUUUUAGAAUUUUUGCAUGCUAGGGAAAUUAAAAAAAAAAAAAAGACGAAUCCCAAGAUCAAUACAUUUAAAUAUUACACUAUAAAUUUAAAAAAAUGUACAGAUUUAAGACCUGUUUUUGUUCGAAUUGUACAAAUUUUAAAAGGCCUGCUAUUUAAGUUCCGAUAGGGACAAUGUCGCUUUAUUUACUGUCUCUUAGAAUUGUACAGAUAGCUCU